AAAUGAGAAUUGUAGCAGUUAAUGUAAAACUUUGAAUAUGACUAGGAAACCAAAACGAAGUCCUUCUUUCUUCAAGGUUUUGAUAGGAGACUUUGAUAACAAGCUGAGAAUUCCACCAGCUUUUGUGAAGUACGUUUUGAAAGGAAAUGUGCCCACCAUGUUCACCUUGUAUUCUGACUCAGGGAAUUCAUGGCGAGUUAGAGUCAUGGUUGAAGAAGGAAGCUACUUUUUCAACAGUGGAUGGUCAAAAUUUGUGAAACAUCAUGACCUGGAAAUAGGGGAUUUUCUGGUUUUCUUUUUGGUUGAUACUUCAACGUUUGAUGUUCUCAUUUAUAAUGGAACUGCAUGUCCAAAGAACAUCAUUUUGGCUGCUAAGAAACGAAAGUGCCUACCACCUUUAGCUAAUAGACAAAUUGAAGAUACCCCAAGCCAAAAAUGUGCUUCAGUUUCCAAGAAACCAAAAGCAGUUUACCGUGCGAGAAGUGUUAACCAAGAGGUUGAGUCUAUAACAGAAGUAACCCGUAAGCAUGUUUCAUUUGUAAUGGUGGUGAAGAAAUACCAUAAAUACUUUGCUUGUGUCCCGAGGUGUUUUGCCAAAGAAACAGGCUUGUUAAAGGAAUCCAUAACGUUGAUUAAGGGGCCAAGAGGUGGGAUGUGGCCAAUGAACACCACCGAGUGUGGAAAACAGGUUCGUUUGGGUGGCGGAUGGUCCCAGUUUCUGCAUGAAAACGAAAUAGUUGUUGGAGAUACCCUUUUGUUUGAGCACAUUCCAAGUACAGGCAAUUUAGUCCACGUACAGAUUGUUAACAAGGAUAGAUAUAGAAACCGUGGGAGACGAAACAAACAAGCAGAUGCCAGUGUGAAGAACACCAGCCCUGCUGCUAAGCGACCAAGAGUUAGGCCUUGCAAGCAAAUUGAAGAACCACCAAGCACAGAACAUGCUCCAAGUUCCAAAAGAACCAAAGGUGUAAGCAUUGGAAAUGAUGAGAUUGUAUCAGAGUUGACCCCAAAGAAGGCUUCAUUUGUAAUGGUUUUGAAGGAAUACCAGAAGUACUCUGCUGUUGUUCCAACCAGUUUUGCCAAAGAAAUGGGCUUGGCAGAGAAACCGAGCACCAUGAUAGAGAACUCAAAGGGUAAGAAGUGGCUGUUAAACACCAUAGUUGAUGCAAAAUCACAAGUUCGUCUAGGUGCAGGAUGGUCACAGCUUGUGCAAGAAAACAAGCUAGAACUUGGAGAUACUCUCUUGUUUCAGCACAUUCCCAAUACUGGUAAUGUCAUUAACUUAAAGAUUAUUUGCAAGGUUGGAGAUGGAAAUAAUAGGAAAAGAAACAAGUGAGCAAAUGUAAGUUAAAAAGUAGUAGCAUACCAUCAUUUGUAAUUUCUCUACCACUCUUUUGUAUCAAAUUGUUGAAAUGGCAA